UACUUGAGUUUAUCUACAGCUGUCUGCUGCCCAACUUUCUGACGCGAGAGAAAACGUACGACUGUCUACUGUGUUUUGCACAUCAGAAUCUUGGUAGAUUUCUUGCUGCAUCCCACGAAGAAAGAAUGGGUUUUGUAGACAGGAGUCAAGAGAACUUGUUAUCUAAGAUGGCAACUGGCAAUGGGCAUGGUGAAAAUUCUCCAUACUUUGAUGGAUGGAAGGCGUAUGAGAAUGAUCCAUUUCACGCUAGCGAGAAUCCUCGUGGGGUAAUCCAUAUGGGUCUUGCAGAAAAUCAGCUUUGUUUUGAUUUGAUUCAAGACUGGAUUAAGAAGAACCCAAAAGCCUCCAUCUGCACGCCCGACGGCGUAGAUGCCUUCAGAGAUAUAGCUAUCUUCCAGGAUUAUCAUGGCUUGCCAGAGUUCAGAAAUGCUGUUGCCAAGUUUAUGGCGAAAGUAAGAGGAAAUAGAGUCAGAUUCGACCCUGACCGCAUUGUUAUGAGCGGAGGCGCAACAGGGGCUCAUGAGACGAUGGCCUUUUGUUUGGCUAACCCUGGGGAAGCAUUCCUUGUACCUACUCCUUAUUAUCCAGGUUUUGAUCGUGAUUUGAGAUGGAGAACAGGAGUACAACUUCUCCCAGUAGUCUGUGAAAGCUCUAAUAACUUCAAGGUGACAAGAAAAGCUUUGGAAGCCGCCUAUGAGAGAGCUCAAGAGGCCAACAUCAGAGUAAAGGGCUUGCUUAUUACCAAUCCCUCAAAUCCACUAGGCACCAUCUUGGACAGAGAGACGCUAAGGAGUAUAGUGAGUUUCAUCAAUGAAAAGAACAUCCACUUGGUCUGUGACGAAAUAUAUGCGGCCACUGUCUUCAGUGAGCCUGGUUUCGUCAGCAUAUCUGAGAUAAUGGAGGAAGAAAUCACUUGCAACCGUGACCUCAUCCACAUUGUUUAUAGUCUUUCAAAGGACAUGGGGUUCCCUGGCUUUAGAGUUGGCAUUAUCUAUUCGUACAACGAUGCGGUAGUAAAUUGCAGUCGUAAAAUGUCCAGUUUUGGACUAGUUUCGUCACAAACCCAACAUCUAAUUGCAUCAAUGCUAUCGGAUGACGAGUUUGUCGACAGGUUUAUUGCAGAGAGUGCUAAGAGGUUGGGGAUAAGGCAUGAGGUCUUCACUCAGGGACUCGAUCAGGUAGGCAUUGGUUAUUUAAAGAGCAACGCUGGCCUAUUUCUUUGGAUGGAUUUGCAUCACCUCCUCAAAGAGAAGACAUUUGAAGCAGAGAUGAAACUGUGGCGAGUGAUAAUAAAUGAAGUUAAGCUCAAUGUUUCUCCUGGUUCUUCUUUCCAUUGCUCAGAGCCAGGGUGGUUCAGAGUUUGCUUUGCUAAUAUGGAUGACAGCACCAUGGAGUUGGCUUUAACAAGAAUCAUAACUUUUGCCCGCCAAAGCGAGGAGCUCAGAAUUCAACGGAAAAGACAGUGUUGGGCAAGCAACCGCCCAAGACUAAGCUUCUCAAAACGAAGAAUGGAUGAUAUAAUGACGACACAAUCCCUGUUGUCUCCUCACUCCCCUAUACCUCAAUCACCCCUUGUUCGAGCUAGGACUUAGAUUGUGAAUUACCGCCAUUUUUAUGCAACGUAGAGGCAGACGCAUUCUUUAAAUUCUUUAUUCUAUUUAGGUGAAAAUGAUUUCUCCUUUGUAAAAGGGUAGUUGAUCCAUUAGUUUAGUCCUGAGAAAAUAACAUAUAUAGUGGCUACUCUGCCACGGGGUUAACUCAGUUCAUCCACCCCUUCUUUUUCCUUCUUGAGAGCAUUUUUUCUUUCUAUUUCACAUACCAAAUGGUGUUGAAAAAAGUUAUGUAGUUUGCAAGAAAUUACCUUGCAAGCACACAUUUGAUUUCUGUACUUUUCGAAUGAGAUUAUAAAGAUUCUUGAGUUUUGAUUACAAAA